AUGGGAUAGUUUUUAGGGCAUUUACAAAAUGCAUAACCUCCCUAAUCAAAUCCAUUACUUAAUAAUUCAAUAUCAAAAUUACGUGAGUAUCAUGGGUCUUUUCAAUCUGUUUGCGAUACAUUUAGUAUAGAUUUGACAGAGUUCGAAUAGAUAUUCGGGAGCAAUGAGACGAUGUUUUAAAUAUGGGAUACAGAUAAUAAUGGGUAUUAUAGUUAUGAAUAUGUGUAGAUUGAUCAAUGCAUUGGAAUUGUUUUCAGGUUUGAUCAUAUUUGCAGAGAGUAAUUUCGAGGAAAAGGCGCGAUUUUUAUUUGAUCUAUUUGAUUUCAAUGAAUUGAAUUCUUUGAGUUUAGUAAGAAUUAUGUGAUAAAUCAAGAUUGAUUUGGAUUUUAUGUUGUUGUCAUGUGCAAAUGCAACCUUCAAAAUAAUGCAGAUAAAUAAUGAGGUAAAUGAAGAAGAAAUCUCGGAUUUCUUAAGUAAUUUUUUUUCGGACAAUCAAAGAGUAAACAUAAGUUAGUUUUUGAAAUGGUGUGUGAAGACAGACGAAAUUAGACAAUUCCUCUAAUUAAUCAAGAAGGAAGCUCCAGAAUUAAAAGUUACAGCCUAGACAGAGUAAAUGAGCCAGAAGAUAGAUGUCCUAAGAUAAGUAUUCAGCAAGGAGUUUGGUAAAAAACUCUUAUUGCCAGAUUCCAAGCGUCCUUACUUUGAUCAGAGAGGUCUUGGGUAUAAAUGAGUAAGUAUUCUUAGGUCAAUUUUAUCAUCGAAGGCAUACCAUUCAAAGAUCUAAUGGAUAAGCAGUUUGGCAAAGAAGGUGUAUGCUCCUUAACCCCAAGUGUUUUAGAAAGAUGUCUAUGCUAAAAUGAAUUGGGUUUAUGGAUUCAGAGGCAAGGAUGUGAAGAGGCCAUUGCUCUAUAUAAAGAUGUAGUCCAACACUGAUACGGCAUUAAAUGAGAAGAUGAUAUUCUUUACAGCCUGUAUAAUAAUUGUGUAUUACCCAAAAAUAAAUGAGCAACGCCAUUAUUUAGAACACGAGAGUGAAGUGAUAAGUGUGGCAGUUGCCAAUAAUCUGAGUCUGAUGGCCAGUGGAGAGUAUGCUGAAUAACCAGCUAUUCACAUUUGGGAUAACAAUACACUGCAUAACAUUGGAGUGAUAAAGGGUGUUCAUCAGAAGGGUGUUCAUUUAUUGACCUUCUUUGGAAAUGAUGAGUUGUUAGCAUCAUGUGGAAUAAGAAUGGCUUCUCCCAUUUUGAUUUAUAAUAUUAAGGAUUUCACAUUGGUGCUGUCGACAUAGGUGAAUGAAUUUGCAGUGGAUUUACUGACCAUAAAGAAUUUUAUUGGAUCAUUUGGAGGUGCUCAACAUAGAUAGCAAUAAAUAAAUCAACAGAAUUAAUUGAAUCCAUUCAAGAAGUAUGAGAACUCUUUUGUGGUGUGCACAAUUUACCAGAUUAUUCAGUUUCAAUAUUAUGAUGGACAUUUUUUGACUAAAGAAAUUCAGUUGGAGGAGUAUAAUUUGACAUCACCAUUAACUUGUGCAACUGCAUUAAGAAUAUAUUCGAGAGAUCCCUAUUUAAAAGCUUAUUAAGCUGAGGAAGGAGAAGCCAUAGUGAUAAUAUCAGGACAUUAGAAUGGAGCUGUGAUUUUGUGGGAGAACUUCGAGAGGAUGGACUUGAUGACCACUUAUAAGGAUCAGAUAGUGUGCAUAACCAGUUAUCAAUUUGGUAUAAUAAUUGGUACAGAUGCCAGUACUAUCCAUUUGUGGGAUUUCAAAUUCAAGAAUAAUAUAAAGAAUAUAGAUUUGACAGCAUUCAGUUUUAAAUUGUUUAGUUAUGUUAUAAGCGACAUAGUGGUAGCAGGUGAUAAAUUAUUGGUGGCUUCAACAGAAGGAGAUGUGGUGGAGAUCUUUUUACAACAGAAACAGGAACACUCGAGCAAUUCAUUUGUGAAUAAAUUAAGAGCAAAUAGAAUCAAUUACAUCAUUUAAUUGAGUGGAACAUUGUAGGCAUUGUGUAUAUUGGAGAGACCAGACAGUGAUGACAAAUUGGUAUUUUGUGCAGGAUCAUAAUCAACAGUAUAUGGAUUCUCAUUGGAGACUCAUGAGAUUGUGGAUGUGUGGACUAUUGGAGAUUAGAUAUCAUCGAUGGAUUGUAUCAAUUUUGAAGAUGGAGGAGCAGUAUUCGCAUUAGGAACAGUGUCAGGUAAAGUGUAUUUGAGAUUGGAUUGGGAAGAAUCACCUAGGUGGUAUGAUUGUAAACAUCAAGUGAAUGAUUUGAAGUUUUCAUCAGAUACUUCUUGUUUGGUCUGUGCAGUUUAGGAUGCAUUUGUCUAUGUGUUCUUUUUGAAUAACACUUCAUAUUUUUAGACAGCACCAAAGAAGAUUCAUUUUGAAGGGGAGUUUCCAAUUUGUUUGGACUUCGUGGAUGACUGCAAAGCAUUUAUUGUUGGAACCACAAUGAAGAAUCAAUACAAGAUCGAAUUGCCUGAUUUGAAAUCCAAAAAUUUGUUGUAGGAAAAUGAGAAAUUGAAUUCAACUACUUGGGUAAUCCGAUAUCCUCUGAGUUCAAGUAGUAAUCAGAAUUCAAAGAAGGAACAGUAUUUGCCACUCUUGAUUGGAGGUGAUGUGAAGAUAUUCUUGGCUGCAGGUGAGGGCGGAUAUGUAUACUUUUGGAGAGAUCGAGAAUAAUUGGAAACUAAUUGUGGUGGAUUCUUGAGAGGACAUGCUAGCAAUGUGAGUAGAUUGCAAAUGACCAAAUCGUAAGAUGUCUUUUACACUGUUGGAACCAAUGAUAACACAUUGAUUGAAUGGAAGAUUGAUUUUAUCAAUGAUUUGGCUGAUUUCUCUAAGCCAUUCUAGUAGGAUGAUAAAUUACAAAUCAACAAACCUGGACUCAACAAUUUCUCCAUGGCGUCCAAUAAAUAGGAUUUCAAUUAAACCAUUGAUGAAAUCUUCAAAAGAGAAAAGGAUUAUUGCUUUUUCCUAAACAAUAUUUCUGACAAAUUCAGAGACAAUUUUGUUCAAUUCAGAGCAACCAAUCAAAAGAUGUUAAAUGGAUUACUCCAAGAACUGAUUCCACCAUUCGAUAAAAAACAACAUGUCAUGAAACGAGCACCUCCAUUGUCUUUGACUCUUGAUUACAUCUAUGGAUUCUUGGCAUACGAUAAAAGGAGAACUCUCUUCUAUGUUCACUUCUACAAUAAAUAAGAAAAGAAGAGGAGAGGAGGACAACAACAAUCAGACUUGAAAUCAGAAUAAAGAAAGCGAAUGGAGCAAAUGAAUUAGUAAAGCAUUAUGUUACCUGUCUAAUUCCAGAAGGAAAUGUUACUUGCCAAAUAAGCCUUAUUGCCUUACGAUGAUUCUCAUAACGAUUGCUAAAGACACUUCGUCUACAUCACUUCUAGAAUAGCAGUUGUCUAUAAUCCAUUGAACAAUCAACAGAAAUUCUAUGAGGGACACAGAUUCAAAAUCACCUGUCUAGCCAUUCACCCAUUAAAGUGUUUUGUGGCCACAGGUGAAAGUGCUCCGAGACCUUGCAUCCAUGUUUGGAAUGUGUUCAACACCGAACCAGUCAAAAUCAUCAGAACGAAUCAUAAGAAUGGCAUCUACGACUUAGUGUUCUCCAGAGAUUCACUAUUUAUAGUCAGUAUAGGCAUAGACGAAACCUACUCAGUAUAAGUGACCUCUUGGAAGAAUGAGACCAUUAUAGCAUUUAGAAAUUCAGGGACGUUCCCAAUCUGCUGUGUUAUGUUCAACCCAUACAAUCGAUAUGAGUUUGCUACUUGCGGAUACUAGAACAUCACCAUCUGGUCAUUGCAAGGGAGGAACCUGAUUAGAAGUCAAGUGAUUUUAUCAGACGAAGUCAAGUAUUCUAAUGGUUGUUUCAUCACUUGUUUAAGUUACAUCUCCUAUCUCUUAAGUGAUAAAGUAGAGAGUGACAUCAUUGUGGGCAAUAACUUUGGAGAUUUGGCAUUGGUUUCCUGUGGCAAAUACAUAGUCGUAAAAGAGAGGUAUCUACUAUAUUCAUAUUUAUUUAGAGCACAUCAAAAGAUGAUCAAUUGUUUGAAGAUAUCCUAAAUAUUGGGAGACAAGGUUGUUAUCAUAACUUGUGGAGAAGACGAGUACAUCAAAAUAUGGGAUACCAAAUUUAAUUUGAUUAAUGAGUUCAACAUCCGCAAGACUGGAUUCUUUUAGGACGGUACUCCUGCAAUUAGGGUAUGACAUCUAUAUAUUCCUAUAUAGAAUUUAUCGGCACAAUCAAUAGAUAUCUUUUCAUGUAAAGUGCCCAAGAGAUAACUUAAUGAGGAGGAAGUGGAAGAAUCCCACAAUUUAUCUGUGAUGUUGGUUGGAACUAGAAAUGGUGACAUCUUGGAAGCAGCGUUUUAGGUUGAAUCUUAAGGCUUAAAGUUACAACAAAUUAGAAAAUAAGAAAGCCGUUCUGAUGAUGAACAGAGCAACUCCAAUGAUUCAAGUAUAUCUGAACAGUAGUAAAGACAACAUUAUACAACAACAGAAACUUUGAAAUUCAACUAUUCCAUAUACAUGAGAUCACAUCAGUCAUAAAUAUUUGAUAGUAAAUAACAAAUAGAUUUCUUUAAUAAAAAGAUGUUCAUCACUCUCCAUCCCACCUAACCUAUUAUGGUCUCUAUGGGAGAAGAUCAGAAAUUAAUACUCUGGGAUACUGAGAAUAAUUCACUGUUGUUAGUCAAGAACAUGGGUAUGACUCCGACAGCUAUCCGAUUAUCACCAGAUGGAGAUCUGCUAGUCAUUGGAUUCCAAAACUCAAUGGUUGUGAUUAUGGACUCCAAAAUUCAAAAGAACACGAUGGGGAAAGUGAGUGAACGUUACUUAUUGCCUUCCUUGGACAUCAUCAUGAAUAUCAAGGAUAAGGAUAACAAGACACCUGUUUUGAAUAUAGAAUUUUCACAUAAGGGGGACAUGCUUGCCAUCUCAUAUGAUAAUGCUCGUAGUUAGAAGGCUGUCUUUGAUUCUAAGUUGGAAAAGGAGGGUUCUUUCAUUUCCGUGUGGGUUAAUAGAGGUUCUCAUCGUACGUCCAAGUAUAGAGCAACAGAUAAGAACCUAUAUUUGAAAUACACUGAUAUUCGUUGUCCUUCACUUUAUGAGUCUUAUUAGACUGACAAUGACACGUAUGGAGUGGCUGCAUACUUCAUGACAUUCAGUUAAGAUGGCAAUUAUCUGUUAAUUUAUUAUCAAUUAAUAAACAACCAGCAAACAAGAAUCAACAAUGAUCCUCAGGGAGUCUAUAUCAUAUGGGAUCUGAAUUCAAACACCUCAGUCAAAAAUUGGGAGACCAUCAAGAACAUAUAGUGGAAGAAGUUGAAUUUCCCUAAUAGUUUGCAUUCUUAAUAUCAGUUCUAUGAUUCUUUGAUAGGCAAUCCAAAGUAGAAGUAAGAACAGGAGACCAAUUUGGCAAAUGAAAUACUCAAGACUCCAGUGAUGUCAGUGAUGGUUGAUAUAUCUCCAUUUUUAAUAUGUGGAAGUACCAAUGGAGAUUUGCAUUUGGUCAAAUCCUCUUGUCUCUACUACGAUAAAGAUUUUAUCACCGAAAUCAGUAAAAAAUAGAAGUGUUUGGCCAAGUCAUAUUCUGCUCAUGUUUCAUUUGUGAAUCAGAUAGAGACUCAUCAGAAUGCUCAAUAUCUGUAUACAACAGGUAUAUUGGAUGAAUGCAUUAUGAAAUGGAAAUUAACAGAAGAACAAUAGAAUUGGGACUUGGAUUAUUUGAUUUACGAUAAGAAACAGGCAGAUCUGUUUUAGGAAGUGUAAGAGAAGGAGAAGUUCAAAAGUUUGUUCUCCGAGUUAUUACCCUUACGUUAGGGGAUAUCGGAUAAAGUGAAGAAUGUGGAUGACACCAAACAGCCUGAAGUGGAACUCAAAUUGGAAAGUAUAAUUGGAAGAAGAGCAUUCACAAGGAGGAACAACUUGUUUUAUGAUUAUGAUGAAAGACUGAUUUAUGUGGCAGGAUGCAAUUUGGUGAUUGCUAGUUUGGAUGAUGAGGAUGAAUAGGAUGAUAAGAUUACAUCUUAAUUUAAGAAAUACAAUGGAGGACAAUUGCAAUCAGAGAACAAUUCAGUGUUCCAAUAAUUCAUUAAAUUAGAUCAAUCGGAUACAUCGUCAUCACCUGAGAUCUCAUGUAUCACUUUGAGUCAAGACAAGAAAUUAUUGUGUGCUGGUACUAUUGAAUUGAAUGCCAAAUUAUUGAUAUGGGAUAUAUGUUCGAGGACUUGUGUUAAAAAUAUUGUCAUCAACAAUGCAGUCAUGAUUAUGAAUAUCAAAUUUGCAUAUGACAAUAGACAUCUUAUUUGUAAUGCAAUCACUCAGGAAUAUAGAUAAGAAAUACUGUUGAUUGACUCUGAAAAUCAUUAGGUUUUGGGAGUAGUCACAUAUACAUACUCAAUACCAUAUAAGAUUAAGGACUUGGAAUUCUACCCUAACAGUGUCUUUAGAUUUGUAACAUGUGGAGUGUAGCAUAUGUCUUGUUGGUAAUUUGCAGGAGGAUCAUUGACAUUCUAAGCAAUGGAAAUAGAGAAUCCAAAGGAUUUAGUGGAAUUGGUGGAGAAUCAGAACGAUGAAUAGGAAGGAGUAUAAGAUAAUGAGUAGGAACAAGAUGCCUUAAGAAUUACAUUCUUAACAGUGAUAUUUGUACAAGAUGCAAUAAUUACAGCAGGAGAAGAUGGAUUCAUUUAUGUUUGGGAUGACAAAAAGAUCAAUAAGAAAUAAAAGGCUCAUCCAGAUCAACCCAUCUUCUGUUUAUACACAAGCAAGGAUUCUUCGAUGUUUGUAUCUGGAGGAAUGGAUGGACGAGUCAUUCUGUGGUCCUUGAGUAAAUCUGAGUAUUCAUAUGUUGUGGAAAAGAUUUAUGAGUAUAGUAUAGCUAAUGAAUAAUUACAGAAGGUAGGAUUGAAUCCAAAUCUACAUGUUUAAUCAGUCUGCAUUGGAUAGAAUUACAUAUUGGCAGGAACAAGAAGUGGUGAUAUCUAUGAAUUAGUUAGACCAAAUGAAUCUGAUUUGAAAUGUAAACAUUUUGAUUAAUUUAGCUUUGACUAAAAUUCAGAAGGAUAUGGUUAAAUUAAGAAUCAAUUGCACUGAUCAUGAUCAACCAAAAGUUGUCGCUUUUUCUGGUAAUGCUCAGAAAUUGUAUUCCAUUACUCAAAAGGGAUUGUUUGCAGUUUGGAAUUUGAGGAAACUAAAACGAACAUAUUCUUUCGCUUUUGAAAAGGCCACUUUGAAUUUAAUAGUGUGCAAAUUGUCGCCCAAAAUUAUUAUAGCAUUUGAAUAGGAAGUGAUUGUUUUGAAUGAUCAUGAUUACAGUGUCAAUUCUAAUUAUUCUCUAAAAUAGAAAUCAGCUAUCUCAGAUAUGAAAUUGAGUGUUGACGAGAAGAUGCUUGCUUUGGCUCUCUCAAGAAAUCAAGAGCAAAAUGCCAAAAUUGAAAUAUACGAUGUUGAAAACGAAGAAAACAACUUUAGAUUACUUUGUAGCAUUGACAAUCUGAAUACAAGUGUCGAGUACUUGGAUUUCUCCACUGACAAUUUCUAUCUAUUCUAUAAAGAUGUUUCAGAUGAGACUGCUCUAAUCGAUUUAGAUCAAUAGAAACGUAUCAACAGUAUGCACAUGGAAUUCGAUUUGGAAUGGUGUAGUGAUGGAAUCAAAUUAGCCGAAAAAGCAAAGGGAGUGCACUCGUGCUACACUGACGAAAAUAGAAUCCAUAAAAUCACAUUGAUUGGAGAAAAGUCCAUGGCAGUAUUUAUUACAUCUUAAUCUAGGUUACUGAUGACAUGGGAACCAUAAGGAUCUUCAAUUAUCCCUGUACCUCUGGACAAGGAUACAUGCGCAUAUAUACUGAUCAUAUGAUGUACAUCAAUCAAUGUGUGGCCAGUCCAGACAAGGAAACUUUGGUUACCACCUCAGAACAAGACAAAUGCAUCAUGGUGUGGAAGAUACAGAAGGUUGAUGUCAAUAAUACAUAAUGA